AUGAACUCAUCGUCAGAGUCCAUACUGGCGGUGGUGGGCGUCGCGGAGAGCCUCUUUUUUGAACCGGAACUGACGGGACUUUCCCUCUCUGUGGGUUCUAUUGCGGUUGUAGACUCGCUUUGGUGGGAGCGUGGGUCGGAAACAGAAGUGGAUUUCCGGGAGCCGUGGGCGGCUUUUGGCAGUGCCUCGUCCGCAAUCGCCUCAGCCGCCUUUCUCUUUCGCGUUAUUGGAGGCGUGGUGAACGUAACGGCAAAGAUGCCGGCAAGGGGGAUGUGGGAGAUCGGGCUAGACGUCACUGGGUAA